AUGCGCUUUUUCGAAAGUAAUCCAAGUGGUCGGAUUCUCAAUCGUGCAAGCAAAGAUCAACAGGUCAUGGAUGAAGUAUUACCUGCAACACUGUUUGAUGCCAUACAAACAUUAAUAAUGACUACGGGAUCUAUAAUCAUUAUUAUCAUUAUCAAUCCAUGGAUGAUACUUCUACUUAUUCUCUUAGCACCUGCAUUCUGGCUAUUAUGUCGUUACUACUUACGAUCGAGUCAACAACUUAAACGCAUAGAAAGUGUAACACGUAGUCCUAUUUUUGGACUCUUUGCAUCAUCACUCGAUGGCUUGACUACUAUUCGUGCAUUCAAAGUCCAAAAUGAUAUUAUUCAUACCUAUAUGAAUCUUGUUGAUACUAACACACGUCCAUACCUUUAUAUGGCCGGUGCCUUUGGUGUCCGUCGAUUGACUGAAGCUCAAGAUUUGAUGACUAGUGUAGAACGUGUCGAUGAAUAUGCACAUUUACCGCAGGAAGAGGACAAUGGUGACUCUAAGAGACUAAUCAAAGCUCCAACAGAUUGGCCGGCUCGUGGAGCGAUCGAAUUUCGAAAUUAUUCACUACGUUAUCAAUCCAAUCUCGAACCAACCCUGAAAAAUAUUAAUCUAGCAAUUAAACCUUGUGAGAAAAUUGGGAUUAUUGGUCGGACAGGUGCGGGCAAAUCAUCUCUAUUUCAAGGUCUAUUACGACUAGUUGAUCGAUCGACUGUCAAUGGUACAAUUCUAAUUGAUGAUAUUGAUAUUAGUCGUAUCACACUGAGCCAUCUUCGUUCUCAUAUCAGUGUCAUUCCACAACAGUUCGUGCUCUUUGCCGGAACUCUUCGAUCCAAUAUCGAUCCGUUGAAUAUUUAUUCCGAUGAACAAUGUUGGACAGCACUCGAAGCUGUACAACUGAAAGCAAUGGUCUCCGAUCAUCCGGCGGGUCUUCUAAUGCCAGUAGCGGAAUGGGGUAGCAACUUGAGCAUUGGUCAACGUCAAUUGAUCUGCGUUUGUCGAGCUAUUCUCAAACCAAGUCGAAUAUUGUUGAUCGAUGAGGCGACGGCUUAUAUUGAUAACGAAACCGAUCGAAUGCUACAAUUGAUCAUUGCGGACAUAGCUAAAAAUCGAACAGUUUUAAUAAUCGCUCAUCGGCUGAACACAGUGGUCAGUAGUGAACGCCUUCUCGCUUUGGACAAAGGCAUGAUAGUCGAUUUCGAUGUACCGGAUAAAGUUUUAGCGCGUUUUCGAUGA